UCCCGAGUUUGCGAUGGGAAAAUUCGCGUGAAUGGGGAGAUUAAAGCGAACCAGUGGAUGAAUUUAUUAAUAUGAUUUUAUCUUAUUUUUAGCGAUUUUAAUGUAUGAAACGGCAUCGCGUCUCGUUACCUUUUGUUUUAUGUGUUUAUUGGGAAUCUAACCUAAAAUGCUUAAGGAAAGGGGGCAGCUAAAAUUCGAAGACAAAUGGCCUUACAUGGGCCCGAUCGUUUUGAAAUUACUGAAACAGGAACCUGUUUCCCCUGCCGAAUGGCAGGAGUUAUUUUACGAUGUACACUUGGUGUGUUUGUGGGACGAAAAGGGACCGAUUAAGCUUAGAGACCACCUGCACGAGGAUAUCGUACAGUUUAUAAAACAGGCUCAAGCUAGAGUUCUAGCGCACAGACAAGAGGAGGCUUUGCUUAAGGCUUAUAUAGCGGAAUGGAGGAAAUUUUUUACUCAGUGUAAUUACCUUCCUACUCCUUUCCGGCAACUGGAAAGCAGCUUGCAGGGCAAACCCACGUCCGGUGGGUCCAGUAUGCAGAGCAACAGCGGGAAAAAGGGGUCUUCGGAUGAGAGCAUUGUCAGGAAGUUAAUGUUGGAUUCUUGGAACGAAAGUAUAUUUAGUGAUAUUAAGCAUCGAUUGCAGGACAGUGCCAUGAAGUUAGUGCAUGCUGAGAGGAAUGGGGAGGCUUUUGAUUCCCAGUUGGUUAUUGGUGUGCGUGAAUCGUACGUCAACCUGUGCUCCAACACCGAGGACAGACUUCAGAUCUACCGGGAGAACUUCGAGGCGGCCUACAUACAGAGCACGGAUCUGUUCUACCGCAUGAAGGCCCCCGAGCAGUUGGCCACGAAUGGAGUGCAAGCUUACAUGCGCUACGCUGACUCCAAACUACGCGAAGAGGAGACACGGGCGCAGCGCUACCUAGAAGCGGGGAGUAACGGCGUCAUACAGUGCUGCGUCAAGGUCCUGGUGGGCAACGCCCUGCCGGUGCUCCUGGCCGAGUGCGCCCCCCUGAUAAAGGCCGGCGAGACGGAGAGGCUACAGUUGAUGUUCCGCUUACUAGAAAGGGUGCCUGAAGGCGUCCAGCCCAUGCUUAGGGAAUUGGAGAAUCACAUAACGCAGGCGGGACUAGCCGAUAUGGUCGCCGCCGCCGAUAUAAUCACCCAGGACUCGGAAAAGUACGUGGAGAGGCUCCUGGAACUGUUCAGGAAGUUCAGUAAGUUGGUGCACGAGGCAUUUUCGGACGACCCGAGGUUCCUAACCGCCAGGGACAAGGCCUUCAAGGCCGUCGUUAACGAUACGACUGUGUUCAGGUUGGAGUUGGGGACGGGGAGGAACCUGGGGGCGAAGACGGUCGCCCCGGAGAGCAAGUGUCCCGAGUUGCUGGCGAACUACUGCGACAUGCUGUUGAGGAGGACGCCGUUGUCCAAAAGGCUGACUAGUGAGGAGAUCGAAUCUAGGCUAAGGGAUGUAUUACUAGUUUUAAAGUACGUUUCUAAUAAGGACGUUUUCAUGAGGUACCACAAGGCCCACCUGACGAGGAGGCUGAUCCUGGAUGCCAGUGCCGAUAGCGAGAAGGAAGAAGACAUGGUGGAAUGGCUGAGGGAGGUGGGUAUGCCGGCGGACUACGUCAACAAGCUGGCCCGGAUGUUCCAAGACAUAAAGGUUAGCGAGGACCUGAACGGCCAAUUCCGGACGUCCACCGCCAGACACGACGCCAUCAACAUUAAAAUAUUAAAUGCCGGCGCUUGGGCUAGGGGCUCGGAGAGGGUGACCGUUAGCUUGCCCGUCGAACUGGAGGAUUACAUCCCGGAAGUCGAGGACUUCUACAAGAAGAAACACUCCGGAAGGAAGCUGCAGUGGUAUCAUCAUAUGAGUAACGGAACGAUAACGUUCACCACGAACGGAGGCAAAUUCGACCUGGACGUGACGACUUUCCAGAUGGCCGUCCUGUUCGCGUGGAAUCAGAGGCCCCACGAUAAAGUUAGUUACGAGAACUUGCGACUAGCCACGGAAUUGCCGGACGGGGAGUUGAGGAGAACGCUCUGGUCCUUGGUGGCGUUUCCCAAACUGAAACGUCAGUUACUGUUGUUUGCUCCAAACGUGGCCGCCCCUAAAGACUUCGGCGAGCACUCGUUGUUCUGGAUCAACCAAGACUUCGCGCUUAUCAAAAACGGGAAACCGCAGAAAAGAGGAAAAGUUAAUUUAAUAGGACGCUUGCAGUUAAGUACGGAAAGAUCGCAGGUUGAGGAUAACCAGUCUAUCGUACAACUGAGGAUUCUCAGGACUCAGGAGGCAAUAAUAAAGAUUUUGAAAAUGAGGAAGAAAAUAUCGAAUGCCGCUUUGCAAUCCGAACUGGUCGAUAUUUUGAAAAAUAUGUUCUUACCUUCCAAAAAAAUGAUUAAAGAACAGCUCGAGUGGCUAAUCGAGCAUAAGUAUAUGAAAAGGGAUGAUGAUGAUAUUAAUACCUUUAUUUAUAUGGCAUAAGUUGUUAUUAUUGUAAUUAAAAUUAUUGUU